AUGGAGGCGGCACCGUCGGUUAUGGAUACACAGCAGUUGAGCGUGCGACUCGAUGAGGUACUUCAUGCAUUCGCCACACGCGAGGAGGACAAAAGUGACAACACCAAACUUCUUUCAGAGGUUGCAUGUCUCACGCAGGUUGUAGAGGCAAUGGCGGCGUCCAUGUCAGCAGCGGCGAAGGAGGGAGGUGUUAGCCCUCCAGUAAAGACACUCGAGGAGUCGCGUUUUCUUGGAAGUUCAUGCUGGAACAUGACGGUGCGGCAUUCUCCCAAAGAAGAUUCUCUGGACGAGCGAGUUUUAAAGUCGUCUUUGCGAGAGUUUGCCACAAAGGCUUUUCUUCUUGGCAACUACGCCUACGCACCAAGAGACGUUUCGCACAGUUACUUUACGCAGCACCCACGUGAGGCGGAACAGUGUGUGCUGAUGUGCCUUAAGACGUCGCGGGAUCUUUCACUCUGCGGUGUGGCAAGUAGUGCAAAGGAUCUUCUCUCUGUGGGGAAAACCGUGGCGUCGUACAUACCUGCCGGUGCUCAAAAUAGUCUCGCCUACCUUCAGCAUCGCAACAUGAGUUGGGAGUUUGCGUACACAGAGAUGGAUAUCACUUGGAAUGUGGGACAUUACCAGGAAUCCUGUGCCGCGGCAAGGAAACUCGCACAUAUGUUAUUAAAAGAUCAUGACUUACUACGAGAUCACAGAGAAGCUUUUUUUCGUUUUGUGUUCACCGUUGGCAACAGUGGUGUUCCUCUUGGUGAGGAGCAGUACAUGCGUGAUAUGCUUCAGAGCUCGAUAGAGGUACAGAGUCACUUUAAGCGAGCGAGGAUGAGCGAUCCGUCGCACCAUGACAUGAUGCUUAGUGGUGCUACGAUGGAGCAAAUGGCUCUUUCCUGGCUUCGUGAAGGUAAACCGACAGAGGCGUUGAGUUGGGCUGUAGAAGCCGAUGACACACUUAAUUCGAACACUUCCGCAUUGUUGCGUCUGACGACAACGGCAAAGUCAGGUAUGGAAGCAGAGGCAAUUGCGUUACUUCACCAAUAUGUUCACAGAUCAGACGCUUCCGUUGAUGAUGCGGUGGCGGCAUGUUUUGAAAUACACAAUCUCCUUGUGGAUAAAAAGGAGGGUGCCAUUGAAGGUAUGCGCUUACUGUGCAACAAAACAGGAGGUAAUUCAUCUAAUGAAGUUGUUACCUUUCGAUUAUCACAACUUUUACUUCAUAAUGGGAGUCUUGCUUCGUGCAAGGAGGCCUUACAUAUUUUGCAGAAUGAAGGCGUAGACUUUGAAGAGGCUCGACACCGCCGUUAUUGUUUUCUGUGGCUUUGGGGACUUGCUGACACGGGGGAGUUUACCCCGUUACAGCUUGUGGAUUCUCUUGAAACGGCUCUUCGAUUUAAAGAUUGUGCCAGUGACACAGAGGUUGAUGCCAUAUAUCUUCGUCUCUGUACAGAAUAUCUCGCACAAUGCGAGGAUGGGGAAAAACCAUCUAACGCAUUAACGAGGGCGAAACAAAUACUUUUGGAUUAUACCUCCAGUCGAGACCCACAUUGUGCUUUUGCUCACACCUUGCUGUUUAAAGUCGCCGUGCUAGAGUCCAAUGAGGUGGACCUGGAAAAGGAAUUGAAUUGUUUGUUGCUAUGUCAGCCUGCCGAGUUGGUAAUGCCCGCUCUUUGUACGGCUCUUAAUUACUCCCUGAAACAUGGUUAUCUUCACGGUGUUUCUUUAGUGAUCACCCGGGUCCUAUUUUCCUCAGUUUCCGUACCAGACCAUCCCACAGAGCUUGAGUUACUGCGGGUGUAUGUGGCGUCGUUGCUAAGUAGGGCAUGUAGCUACACAGAUGAGCAGCUGCAUGCCGUUACAGAGCGUUUCCAAAAAUUACUUUCGGAUGAAUGUGCAAUGAUAGCGUUGUCGUACGAGGAAGUAACGUGGUGGGCGCAGGCGUUUCUUGUACUGGGUUUAGAGUUCACCGAUGGUCCUGGUCAGACCAGCGUUUUUUUGUUUCGUGCGGCAACGCGCGCUGCCCUGCAAGGUCCCACACCCGGUGAGGGGCCAUCUCGUUCACUCCUCAUAUCAGGACUUUUAUGUACAUUGGAGGAUGAGUUUCAGCUUUUCGCGACCGGUUUUCCGCAACUCACUCCAUGUGAGUUGGAAGAACAGUUGCGUGUGUGUAAAGAGUCCCUUGCCUCUCUGCCCGAGAUGAACCAUCGUUUGACGCUGCUGCUAUCUGAGGCAGAGCGACACCUUCGGCAGCCGUCCCAAGAUACACCAGAACACAUACAGAGGAUUGUGGAUGAGUUAUCUAGCAUACCUGCGACUUUUAAAGACUAUGAAGCUUUGGCUGAGGGGGCAUCUUUCAUUGCUUUGCAGUACGCUUCAGAGUACCCUUUGCUUUAUGGUGUCACUAUAAAGCUUUAUAUGCAAGCUGUGUCGAUGGUGAUGAAUGAAAUAACAGCUUUCCUGAAAUGUGAUAAUAACACUGAUAAAUGCACAGAGUACGUUACAGAUGCUCUCUCAUUUCUGUAUAAAUCGUUUAACCUUGCCUUUGAUCGUACGGAGCAAUUAUCUGUGAUGCAGCGGCUCAUGGAACUACUUUCACUAGGUGUUGAAGACGUGACAGUCGCUUCCUUUAUUAAGCAUCAUCAUUCAAAUGCAGUGCGGACAGUUACUAGCAAUCCCUUGUCGUUUGUGCGGCUAUUUCUUGAAUACUUCACGGUGGAGGCAUGGAACAAUUCUGUCUUUUAUCUUAUUCUUACCGAGACAGUAAGACAGGCGGAAUGGGCGCGUGCCGCCUGGACUCUGGUUGAGACACUCCCUGAUACAAGUAGUGUUGCCUCUGCUCUGCUCACGUUGAAGACCAUCACAUCUUUGUAG